AUGGCGAUGUUGCAGGGCAACAGCCUGACAGUGACAGCCACUGGAGAUCAACUAAGAGCUUAUCCACAUAGAAAUCUUUGCAAGGAUUCCGGGGGCAGACAAGGACGACAGCCAGCUGCAGGGCCUGGGGAGUUCUCUCAGCAAGACAGAGCUUCCCAUUUUCAGCCGAAGUGCGCUCAACGACGUCCCAAAGAGAUAAAGUCUGAUACAGCCUGGAAUCCACAUUUUUUGGAGACAAACCCUCUCAACACGGCGCCUCUGACGUUGCCGCAGACCCCUUCAGCGGGAAUUUUGAAGUCAUCAAACGCGAAGGCGCCGGCCGCUAAAGCAGUCUCCCUUCGCGCGUUUGCAAGACUUUUGCGGAUGUUGGGGAAUUUAAUGGAGCGCACUGCGGCCACGGCUCUUGCCGCAGAGUCCAGAGCUGCCUCGAAGAUGCUGGCAGCACGCAGGGCAGCUAUCAAGACCGCAGCAGUAGUUGGCUCAAAGUGGACCACCCUGGCUACUUGGGUGACGACACUGCCCUACCCCGCCUCCGCAGAAUCAGUUCGGACGAAGAAGCAAAUGAGGGCCCUGCGGGGUGCAGCUGACAGUGAUGGAAACUUGCCAUUAACACCUGAGGAAGCGCUUGCAACGGCUUGCGACUUGUGGGCCUCUAUGCACCUCGAGACGCCCUCCAAGCAUCUUAGUGUUCUUGAGUUUCAGGAUCUUCUCCGGAAGCGCUUCUUGGUGAAAGACGGCCUCCUGUACUUGGUUCCAAAGGACCGUGCUAACGAGCUUGAAGCACCACCAGCAACAGCAGCAGUGACACGAAGGGGAGGAUUGCAGCAAAUAAUGUCCUGGGCUUUUCUGCCACAAGGCAAUGAGCCGUAUUGCACUAAGCCUUUCAGUUUAGCGGUCUACGCCAUGCUACAGAAAGCCCAUUCGGCUUACAGCGCAUAUGCCACGGUGCUUGGGCGGAAGUUUCGUGCUGCUUGCGGGCUUGCCGUCGCCGCAAGCUUCAAUGUCACUUCGCGUAUCUGGAAGAUGUUACGCCGGUUGCUUCAAUGUGCGCUACCAAGCUUCGCUUUUCAGUCUUUCUGA